AUGGCCCAAGUAGCAAGACCUGCACUGCCCCUGGACAACGAGACCUCCUCGGAGAGCAGGAUGGUGGUGUCGUUCCUCAUGUCUGCCCUGGAGUCCAUGUGCAAAGAACUGGCCAAGUCCAGGGUGGAAGUGGCCUGCAUCGCAAUGUAUGAAGCAGAAGUGUUUGUCGUUGGAACCGAGAAAGGACGAGCUUUUGCCAGUGCCAGAAUGGACUUGCAGAAGGAUUUUGCAAAAUACUGCGCUGCGGAAGGCCUGCCCGAGACCAAGCCCCCGAGCCCUGUGAGAGGGCUGCAGCUCAGCUCGGGAGAGACGGAGAUCCUCAGGAAAGCCGUGGAGGACUAUUUCUGCUUGUGCUAUGGUAAAGCCUUAGGGACAGCAGCAAUGGUGCCUGUUCCAUACGAGAAGAUGCUGCGAGAUCAGUCAGCCGUGGGCGUUGAGGGGCUUCCAGAAGGAGUUUCCUUUCAGCCCCCAGAGAACUAUGACCUUGAAACUCUGCAGUGGAUUUUGGAGAACAAAGCCGGGAUUUCCUUCAUCAUAAACAGACCUUUCCUAGGUCCGGCAGACCAGCAAGGUGGGCCUGAGGUAGUAACAGAUGCUGAGAGAGCAAUGACAUUGUCAAGCGAAAGUUGUGGCCCCAUCCAUGUGAAAACGGAACCCAUGGAAGAUUCCGGCAUUUCUCUGAAAGCAGCAGCUGCGUCAGUCAAGAAGGAAUCAGAGGAUCCUAAUUACUAUCAAUAUAACAUGCAAGAAAGCCAUCAUUCUUCUGCGAUCAAUGAAGUGAUAGAAAUGGAAUUGCCAGUGGAAGGAAACACAAAUCCAUCCAAUACUACAAGUUCUGCAGCAGGCGUCGAAGAUCUUAACAUCGUUCAGGUGACAAUUCCAGAUAAUGAGAAGGACAGGUUAUCAAGCAUAGAAAAGAUAAAACAGCUAAGAGAACAAGUUAAUGACCUCUUUAGUCGAAAAUUUGGGGAAGCCAUUGGCGUGGAUUUCCCCGUGAAAGUUCCUUACAGGAAAAUCACGUUCAACCCUGGCUGCGUGGUCAUCGAUGGCAUGCCCCCGGGGGUGGUAUUCAAAGCCCCUGGGUACCUGGAAAUCAGCUCCCUGAGGAGGAUCUUGGAUGCUGCAGAAUCUAUCAGAUUCACAGUCCUUAAACCACUUCCAGGCCUGGAGUUUAACAACGUGGGGAAAAGAAAGAUAGACCUAGAGGGCCGCGUAUUUCAAGAGAAGUGGGAGAGAGCAUAUUUCUUCGUGGAAGUGCAGAAUAUUCCUACGUGUCUAAUAUGCAAACAGAGCAUGUCCGUGUCCAAAGAGUACAACCUACGCCGCCAUUAUCAGACCAACCACAGUAAGCACUACGACCAGUAUACCGAGAAGAUGCGAGACGAGAAGCUCCAUGAGUUAAAAAAAGGCCUCAGAAAGUAUCUCCUAGGGUCAUCAGACAUUGCGUGUCCCGAGCAAAAAAAAUCGCUUGCAAACGUGAGUCCACACGACAACGCCGCCGUGCAGGCUGCAGAAGACGUGACCGGGAACUUAUGGGAGAAGUUGCGUGAAAAGAUCAGGUCGUUUGUGGCCUACUCGAUUGCGAUCGAUGAGAUCACAGAUAUUAAUAACAUCACCCAGCUGGCCAUAUUCAUCCGCGGCGUCGACGAGAACUUUGAUGUGUCGGAAGAACUUUUGGAUACGGUGCCCAUGACGGGUACAAAAUCUGGAAACGAGAUGUUCUUGCGUGUUGAGAAGAGCCUUAAGAAGUUCAAUAUCAACUGGUCGAAAUUAGUGAGCGUGGCCUCCACGGGCACCCCGGCCAUGGUGGACGCGAACAACGGACUCGUCACAAAACUCAAGUCCAAGGUGGCCACGGUUUGCAAGGGCUCGGACCUGAAGUCCGUCUGCUGCAUCAUUCACCCGGAGGCGCUCUGCGCUCAGAGGUUAAAGAUGGACCACGUCAUGAACGUGGUCGUGAACUCCGUGAACUGGAUAUGCUCCCGUGGCCUGAACCACAGCGAGUUCACCACUCUGCUUUACGAACUGGACUGCCAGUACGGCAGCCUGCUCUACUACACGGAGAUUAAGUGGCUCAGCCGUGGGCUGGUGCUGAAGAGGUUCUUUGAAUCGUUGGAAGACAUUGAUUCCUUCAUGUCAUCCCGAGGAAAGCCCCUGCCUCAGCUGAGCUCUCAGGACUGGGUCAGAGACCUGGCCUUCUUGGUCGACAUGACAACGCACCUGAACACUCUGAGCAUCUCCCUCCAAGGCCAUUCACAAAUCGUCACGCAGAUGUACGACCUGAUCCGGGCGUUUCUGGCGAAGCUGUGCCUUUGGGAAACGCACUUGGCAAGGAAUAACCUGGCCCACUUCCCCACCCUGAAAUCGGUUUCCAGGAAUGAAAGCGACAGCCUGAACUACAUUCCCAAAAUUGUGGAACUGAAGACCGAAUUCCAGAAACGACUGUCUGACUUCAAACUCUACGAGAGCGAGCUGACCCUGUUCAGCUCCCCUUUCUCCGUGAAGAUCGAGAGCAUCCACGAGGCCCUGCAGAUGGAGGUGAUUGAGCUGCAAUGCAACAUGGUGCUGAAAACCAAGUACGACAAGGUGGGGAUCCCCGAGUUCUAUAAGCACCUCUGGAGCAGCUACCCGAGGUACAAGAGCCACUGUGCCAAGAUCCUCUCCAUGUUCGGGAGCACGUACAUUUGCGAACAGCUGUUUUCCAUCAUGAAACUGAGCAAAACGAAAUACUGCUCGGAGCUGAAGGACUCCCAGUGGGACUCCGUCCUCCACAUCUCGACAUGA